GUCUGGUCGCCGGAAAAUUUCGCAUCCCAUGUUGACAUGCGGCCGAUUGCGAGUGAGAUGCGCAGCGACGGGCGAAUAGGAACAUAGAUUGAGAGACAUAUCGAUAUAUCUCACCCUCAGUGGCGGCUUCUUUCAACUGGGAUCGAGGUGUGAGCAAAGGUGGUGGGCGGAUGUGGGCCAAUCAGCAAAAUACGUGGUGGUAGCGAGACCAGACAGAAUCAGCUUUCACAAUACCCGUGGCGAACAAAUGCUCCCUGGUGGACACACUGGUCCGAACACAACACACCAGCACAUCAGCAACGUAUCGAUUCCGUGCAGCGAGGUCAGGUUCAAAGGAUUCAUUGCCCAACGAUUCCGCGAUGGAAUCGACUCACACACCUGCGGCAUUGCUGGCACUUCACCAGCAAGCGACUUCACGUGCCGCUGUCCGCAGCACGAGUCGGCGAUCUCGGUAAAGCUAACAACCUCGGCGAACCCCUGGUCAGCGUUCGGCCGCAUAGGACCCGUAGAUCAGCGAUGUGGACAGACAACCAAGCCAUGGCAUCAGGGGACAAGAGGGGGACUUUGGCAUCAUACUCUAUCGUGCAUUCCAGAACCGCCAAUAGCCCAAAGGGAGGACUCUUCGCCUUGGACCGCAGCAAGCGCUUGGAGUCAUCAAGAUUGA